AUGGGCCUCUACACCUCCGAUCCCUCGUGUUUCGCUCAGGUCGAUUUCAAUGGCCUCAUCUCGGAAAACUACCGCUGUGGCACAGAUCAGCCUUUGAGAUUGUCGUCGGGCGAUCGAGAUGCGCGCAAGGUUGCAGUUUUACGUCCCAGCACCCCUGCCACCGACUUCUCUGUUGCUGAAGGAGCUAGGAGCAAUUACUCAGCCUUGCCUGAGCAAAAUUACCACUCUGCGUCUUCAAUGGAAACCACCUGGCCUCCUGUUCUACGUUUUCAGCCCGCCAUUCCAAUUCCGGAGAGCAUUCCAAAAUCCUCUCGUCUUAUGGGCAUCAAACCUUCUCCUUCGCACCACAAAGGCCCUGCGUUUUCACGAGUGAUAGCUAGGCCUACUGUGGGAUCCCUGCAAUUACCCACCCGUCCUGUUGAGAUCAUUUCCCCGAAGCCAUACAAGUGUUAUCAGACAGCCACUUUCUUACGGGAGGAGAGUUAUGGGAACACUCCAUAUCAAAGCUCGCGUUCGGACAACGAUGACGUCUUUGACUACUCGGAAGAGCGGGAGCGUGAAUUGCUGAGCACUUCACUCUUACUCUCGAUGAACGAAGCGUGUACCGAAGACCCUUUGAGGCCGGCGCUGGGCAAACCUCUUCCGCUUCGGCCGCUGUGGCCUAGUGUCACGCCAUCCUUCCUGGAGACUGCGGUUGAGGAUUACAGUUCUUGCACCUCCGCAUAUCAUACCUUCCUCUCGCCGCUCGAGCCGAAACCAAAGACACCUGAGGUCGAUAGCAUCACUGCGCGCCUCGAGCUGCUCAACAGUCUCGUGAAUGAUUGUGACACCCCAUCGACACCCAUGUCCAUGCCCGCACUGGCAUCGCCCGCAGGUUCGGACUCCGACUUGUCCAAUAGCGGCACUGGUUCGGCGUCGAUCGACUCCUCUCCAUCGUCAAUUAGCUCGUUCAAUACUUCACUUGCUAGCUUGGACGAUGCAACAUCGGUGAAAGAGGAUCUCCAGGGGUAUACUGAGCGCAUGGUCGCCCAGAUAUUUGAUGUGUGCAAGCUAGAGGAGAUCGUGGCGUCCACCUGGUUUUUGGCGAUGCAGGCCAAAUUUUUGGCGUGUCAAGAUCAUGCGGCGUCUCAGGAUAGGGCGACAGAACGCGAAUUCGAUAUGAGAGCUUUCGACUGUUUCGAACUUCCUAUUCCAGCGCCAGUGGUUCUUAGAGACCCGAGGGUGUUCCGCAUGCCGAGUGCAUGGGGAACUCGUGUUGCUGAUGUUUGUACCAUAUGUGCUAUUUUGUUUAGCGUUAGCAUUAUCAAAGGCUCUCCUUUCGCUCGGAAAAAUCUGGAGUUUCUGCUCUGGAUCAGAGACGAUCUUGAGGAAGAAGUGGAAGAUUAUUUUGCCCCUUUCUUCGAUUAUGAUGUAUACAUGGAUUCUCUUUCGGAGUCUCAAUACAUGUUGGUUGAGCGUGAAGGUGAAAAGGGAGAUGGAUAUACGCAUAAUAUAUUAGCAGAGAAGAAGCAGCAUUUCACAGAGGAUGCAGAAGACUUUGACGUCGUCGACGUGGCCGACUCGUCUAGGGUGGCACAAGCCGAUAGCGACGAUGCUGAGCUGCUUGAAUGGGCACGACGUUUGAAAGCAUUAUUAGAUUGUCGAAGACAGGCACGUAUGGGCGCGACGUCCUUUCUCGGCGAGAACGUCACAAGGACGCACGAAGACGAAGAGGUAAUAUCCAAACAGGGUUAUUAG